AUGAAUGAGAGAGUAGGGAGCUACACCAUAAACCAACGUACUAAACCUGUUGGUGAAACUGAAGUACCGUUUGGUAAUCCUUUGGAAGAACCUGGGACUUUAUUAACGAAAUCUCAAAAUGAUCAGUUUGGUAUUGCCUCAAAAAUGAUGACAAACAAUACUGCUAAUCAGCUCACAGUAAGUACUUCAUUAAUCACAUCAUUGCUGCUAGAAAACUGUGAAGGAAAAAUGUAUGAUCGAAGGCAAAGGCGGUUUUCCACUUUAGUUGAGGUUGAAAGAGGUCAUUUGUUACGCUUAGUGAUGGAUGGCAGUUUAGAAGCGCGGCAAUUUAAUGACAUUCAUGAAGAAGUAGAUAAUUUGUGCGAGAAAGACGUUUUAUUUAUGAAAUGUAUUGAAUUCAGUAAUAUUUAUCUUCGGGUACCUACAAAAAAAAUUGUUUAUUUGAGUGACUUAGAAGUAUCAUUACUAAAAGCUAUUCAUGACACUGAAAUUCGCUUCCGUUUUUAUCAUGAUUCAGAUCUAUUUAAUUUCGUAUGUCAGUUGAAGAUCGGGGAUCGUGUAGUGGUACAGCUCAAAGGUGGAAAUGUUGAACAGGAGUGUUUCAAACCAGGCUGGGUAAAAUGGCGUGGUGAACUCGUUCCGGGUGAUGGAUUUUUGUUCGGCAUACGUUUUGAGGUUGGAAUAUUUCAUUUGUUUUGCAGUCAUUGA